UCCAACUUUCUCUUUGGGAGCGCGUCACGACAACAUCCAAUCUUUUGGAGGACGAGACAACAACGACCUCUGACAACAUCCUUCGUUCCAUUGAGUCGGUCGCUUGCUUCCAUCACGUAGUUAUAUUUCAGUUUCUUCAUUGCCGCCAGCCCGGCCAAUCCUACCAUCUACCGCCUCUUGGUUAUUACAUCUCGAGAGAUUCAAUCACCAAACAGCAGCAGCCAUGGCGACAGGCGUCGAUGCAAAGCUCCUCAAGAGCACAAAAUUCCCACCGGAAUUCAACCAAAAGGUCGACAUGACCAAGGUCAACCUCCAGGUUAUGAAAAAAUGGAUCGCAGGUCGCAUAACCGAAAUCCUUGCCAACGAAGACGAUGUUGUCAUUGAACUCGUGUUCAACCUUAUCGAAUCCAGCCGCCACCCCGAUAUCAAAGCUCUACAGAUUCAGCUCACUGGCUUUCUCGACAAGGACACGCCCGGGUUUUGCAAGGAGAUGUGGGGGCUGCUGCUGAGUGCGCAGGAUUCUCCCCAGGGCGUGCCGAAGGAGUUGCUGGAGGCCAAGAAGCUGGAGCUCUUGCAGGAAAAGAGGGAGCAGGAGGAGGCGAGGCAGAAGAGAGAGGAUAGUGAGAAUCAGAGGAGGGAUAGCUUUCAGAGGGGGUUUGGUGGGAGGGGUGAUAGAGCUGAGAGAGGGAGAGGUGCUGGGGGGCCGAGGGGAGGGGGUAGACUGGGAGGUGAUUCUUGGAGAGGUCCAGGUGGGAGGGACGACAACAGAGAUCGGCCUUUUGGGAGGGGCAGAGGAGGUGAUGAGAGACGGUCGAGGUCGCCGCCGAGAUACCGUGACCGUGGGGGAAGAGGAGGACUGAGGGGUGGCUUGAGGGAUUCAUAUGUCCCAGGCGGACGGGGUAGUUCACCGCUCCGUCGUGGCGGAAGGGGGAUGGGAGAUAGGCGGGAUGAUAGGCGGAGAAGGUCCAGGUCGCGCUCACGGUCGCCUUCUGUGCGCUCGGCUUCGUCCCGGUCUCGGUCUAGAUCUCGAUCUCUCUCUCGCAGCCCUAGUGUGGAUGGGAAGAGACGGUCCUAUUCGCGAUCGGCUAGUCCCCCUCGUCGACGCCGUCGUUCUCGCUCACCACUUCCCUACAGGGAUACAGUCAAAAGACGCCGCUCCCCUGCCCGGGAUGCCGACCGCCGUAGCCGGUCCCGAUCAGUAGCAUCCGACCGCGGCUCACCUUCCCCAAAGCGUCGCCGUUAUUCUCCAUCUAGCAGCCGGAGCAGAAGCAGAAGCAGAAGCAGAAGCAGAAGCAGGAGCCGCACCCGCAGCCGCUCUCGCAGUCUAACACGCAGUCCAUCCAAGACCCGAAACCGGCGGUACAGUCGAUCUUCUUCUUAUUCUUCCGGAUCCUCUCGCUACUCCCGAUCUCUUAGUCGAAGCCGAAGCCGAAGCCCUCCCCCCAGGCGGUCAAGAGGUGGAAGCAGGAGUGUCUCCCCCGACAUCAAGCGACAUCGGAGUAGGAGCCGCUCUCGCAGUACGGGCCGUAGCAUUAGUCCUGCUAGCUCCUACGGACGACGCCGAUCCCGUUCCCGCUCUCCACGUCGUCGAUCUCGUGAUAGAAAACGUAGCCGCAGUGGUUCGAGGGAUAGAAGAGGAGGACGAAGCAGGGCCUCUUCUGCAUCUUCACAAUUUUCCAAGCGGGACAGAUCGGCUGAUGGUUCAGGAGCUGAAGACAGACCCCCUAAAGCCCACCAUGACGAUGCGGCGGUGUCGAGCCAAGAUCAGGAGUCCAAAAUCGACACUGAGCAGCGGGAGAAGGAGCUCAAGGAGAAGAUCAAGCAGAUGAGAUCCUCAUGAAGUAGUGACGUGGUUGAGGCUAACGGUGCUUGAAGCUGUUUAUCACUUAUUCAUUCGUUCAUUGAACCACAUCAAAGAAAAAAAAAAGAAAAAAAAACAGGAAGGACAUUAGCAUGGCUUUGGGAGACUCGCGUUUCGAGGCGUUGAGGUUUGGAAGGCGGCUCUGUGAGGACUACAAACCCCCAAAAUAUUGUCUUGACUUGUUUAUCUGAGCAUAUUUUUAGUAGCCUCUGUGUGGAUCGCGUAGUAAAAUGAUAGCUGUGGUAAUAUAGUGGCAAGGACGUAUACUUGAAAUUUGUGUUGGGUGAUG